UCGCUUUCGAAAAAGGAAUCGGAUACUACUACCAAUAUGAUAUCAUGCUGAAACCGUAUGAACUGUACAGAGGUAUUAGGUCUCCUGCGAGAUGGCCGGGUGCUAUUGUCCCCUAUCAGAUAACUGGAUCAUUUACUACCAAAGAUCUUGCCAACAUACAGACUGCAAUGAGUCAGUUCGCUUCGACCACAUGUGUCAGAUUUGUACCACACACCACCGAGAAGCUUUACGUGAGUAUUGAUAGUGGAGACACUGGUUGUUGGUCCUUUCAGGGACGAAGCACGAUAAACAAGCAGAAUCGGGUGAAUCUACAAACGCCUUACUGUACCGAAACAUUCAUAGUUGUUCACGAGCUAAUGCAUGCGCUCGGAUUCAUCCACGAAUUUACCAGACCGGAUCGUGACAGUUGGGUAUCGAUUAAUAUGGGAGCUUUGGAACCUCAGUAUCAGACGGCCGAGUUCUACCUAAGAGCUUUCGCGAUACAAUCGGUGGCUCAAGAUGAGCUGCACAGAAUUCCUUAUAACUACGGUAGUGUGAUGCACUACUCCAAAUACGGAGGGGCUGCCAGUUACAGUACACCAGUGAUGACUAAUUUGCAACCAUGGGAUGGUGAUUUUGGUAACACUACCGGUCUAUCGGAUCUAGAUAUUUUUAGAGUCAAUUACAGGUACUGUAAUUCUACUAUUACUACUGCGACGACAUCAGCAGCACCGAUCAAAUUCCGAAGAACUACUUCCAAUGCAACGGCCAAGUCUACUAAAGGAAAUUCUACAAACACCAAGCCAUCCAAUUGAACUGCUAGAACAACUCCACAGGUGGCAAACUACACCAUUAUGGCAUAUUAGUAAUCGAUGACCACUAAUUGUUGAUAAUUAAUGAGCGUAAAUGAUUUCGACUGCUUAUUUUAUAAGAAUAAUAGUCUGUGUCAUUUUCGGCUAGGACCAACAACAGCGGAUCUGUAACAA